AUCUCUGAAAUCCAAGUCACUGAAAUAUCCCUGUGUAUCUUUUUCUCUGUUUUGAGAUCAAUAUUCAUCAACAUCAAAAUCAAAAUGCAUAAGCUUAAAGUGCUGUUAGUUCUAUUCCUCUCUACGUGCCACGCUGCUUUGUCUUAUACAGAUGGUUUAUUGCCUAAUGGUGACUUUGAAGUUGGACCAAAAGCAUCAGAAUUAAAGGGAUCAGUAGUAACAAGCCAUGAUGGAAUACCAAAUUGGACAAUUUCAGGAUUUGUUGAAUACAUAAAAUCAGGACAAAAACAAGGUGACAUGCUUUUAAUUGUACCAGAAGGUGCAUAUGCUGUUAGGCUUGGUAAUGAAGCUUAUAUUAAACAAAAAGUGAAAUUAAAUAAAGGUUCAUUCUACUCAAUCACAUUCAGUGCAGCUCGCACGUGUGCACAAGAAGAAAAACUUAAUGUAUCUGUUGUCCCAACUACUGAGAAAAGAGAUUAUGGUAUCAUUCCUAUACAAACUAUGUAUGGUAGUAAUGGUUGGGAAUCAUUUGCUUGUGGCUUCAAAGCUGAUUAUGAACAAGGUGAAAUUGUUAUUCAUAAUUCUGGUGUUGAAGAUGAUCCUGCUUGUGGUCCUCUUAUUGAUUCUGUUGCUUUGAAGGUUUUGAAUCCACCUAGAAGAACUAGAGCAAAUUUAUUGAAAAAUGGAAAUUUUGAAGAAGGACCAUAUGUAUUUCCAAAUGCAUCAUGGGGGGUUCUAAUUCCACCACACAUUGAAGAUGCACACGGUCCAUUACCAGGAUGGAUUGUUGAAUCACUGAAAGCUGUUAAAUACAUUGAUUCAAAACAUUUCUAUGUACCAGAAGGAAAUAGAGCUAUUGAACUUGUAGCUGGAAAAGAAAGUGCCUUAGCACAAGUUGUGAUUACUACUAUUGGUAAAGUUUAUGAUCUGACAUUUUCUGUUGGUGAUGCAAAUAAUAGUUGUGAAGGUUCAAUGACUGUGGAAGCUUUUGCUGGUGGUGACACUGUUCAAGUUCCUUAUGAAUCUAAAGGUAAAGGUGGUUUUGUUAGAGGGAAGCUUCGUUUCACUGCUUUGUCUACAAGAACUCGAAUUAGAUUCUUAAGUACAUUUUAUACUAUGAAGAAUGAUAACUCUGGUUCUCUUUGUGGACCUGUUAUUGAUGAUGUUAAAUUGCUUAGUGUUCGUUAUCCCAACAAACACUCUUAGUAUUUCCUUCACCAUAUAUAUUAAUUACUACAUCAUUAUAGAAUUAAUUAAUUCUUCUUCUUCUUCUUCUUGUAAUAAUAAUAAUAGGACGGAGUCUUAUAUCAAAUCAAAUCAUCUGCUUGUGAUGUUAUAUAUAAAACGUGAUAAUUUCUUAUUUGUUUCUUUCAGUUUAAUAGCUAAGAAUAUUUAUGACUCCA